GGAGGACAAACGAUAUAAUACGUGUGUGACUGUGCUAGUAUUGGAAAGAUGGCGGCUAGUGCAUUACGUCGAGGGUUGUUGAGUAGUGUCAGUAAAUACAACAAGAAGCAUGCUCACAGAAUACUGAGUGUCGUUGACACCAGCUGCGGGUUCGAGGCAUACAGACCGCGGUUACUAUGCCGAGCUUGCGGCCUGCCUGACGGUGUUCAGCAGAGGAGGUUUAUGUCGUCACGGAACAGGCCUGAGGGGAAGAUUCUAGAGACUGUGGGAGUGUUUGAGGCUGUGAAGCAGCACGGCAAAUAUGAAACCGGACAGCUGUUUCUCCACAGCGUGUUUGGCUACAGAGGCAUCGUCUUGUUUCCAUGGCACGCCCGCCUCUAUGAUCGAGACAUCACCCCUCCCAUGUCUGACAGCAAACCUGAGCCCCCAGGGGCCCACGGCUCCAAGGAGGUGAAGGGGAAGACUCACACUUACUACCAAGUCCUCAUUGACACCAGAGACUGCCCUCAUAUAUCUCAGAGGUCCCAGACGGAGGCAGUGACGUUUCUGGCCAACCACGAUGACAGCAGGGCUCUGUACGCCAUCCCAGGUCUGGACUAUGUGAGCCAUGAAGACAUUCUGCCUUAUAACUCCACAGAGCAGGUCCCCAUCCAGCAUGAGCUGUUUGAGCGCUUCCUCAUGUACAACCCUUCAAAAAUUCCUCCAUUCACAGCCAGAGACACCCUUAAAGCAUGGCAAGAGAAGAACCACCCCUGGCUGGAGCUCUCAGACGUCCACAGAGAGACAACUGAGAACAUCAGAGUCACUGUCAUCCCCUUCUACAUGGGAAUGAGGGAGGCCCAGAAUUCUCAUGUUUAUUGGUGGCGCUACUGUAUCCGUCUGGAGAACUUGGGCAACGAGGUGGUUCAGCUGAGAGAGAGACACUGGAGGAUCUUCAGCCUAUCAGGAACUCUGGAGACGGUCCGAGGACGAGGUGUCGUAGGCAGGGAGCCGGUGUUGUCUAAAGAACAGCCAGCCUUCCAAUACAGCAGCCACGUGUCUCUACAAGCCCCAAGUGGUCAUAUGUGGGGAACGUUUCGCAUCGAAAGAACUGAUGGUUCCCACUUUGAUGUCCGCAUUCCUCCCUUCUCCUUGGAGAGCAACAAGGAUGACAAAGCGCCUCCUGCUGGCUACACAUUUUAAGUGUGUGCUACCACCCUCAAGCCCGGGAUACGCUGCCAGUCCUGCUUGUGUCAUUAUCUAGAGUUGCCCCUGACUUGUAACAUUGCUUCAGCCUUCAACCUGAGUCUAGCAUCAGGAAAGCUAAGCAAAGGGGAAAUUAUUAGCAGUUUCUAGAUUAUCUAAAUGCAGGCCCACCUUGCCUAUUUUCUGCUCCCCCCCCCCCCCCCCCCAGCAUUAAAUUCAUUUAGGCUAGAAAAUCAAUCUGCAAGCCUGUGCACUGGAGGAGAUCAGCACAGUGAAGUGGAAGAGAGCUGAGAGUUUGGAAGGUGAAUUAUUGCUGCCGAGCUGAAAUAUUGACCAGUUUAUUUUUAUACAUGAUGCAGUACUCUUGUCCUGAACCCUUUUUCGUUCUCCCCCAAUUGUUGUUGUUUUGGGUUUUUUAGACACUUAAAGAGACAGAGAACGUGUCAAAGUGUGGGCCUGUUAGUGUAAAAGUACAUAAGAUUUACUGUGUCACAACAAUGAAGCAAACUGGAAAUUUAAAAAAUAUCUCACCCUGAAAUGUCAAAAAUGAAACCACAUCUCUAUAAAUCUAAAGUACAGAAAGUCAAAAUGGCAGCAUAGCAGUAUUUGGUAGUUUAGAAGUGGUCAGCAGUUACUAUCUUGAGUUAGUGCAGAGUGGUCUGUCUGCUUUGCAUGUAUUAAUUUGCUGUUGGCUAAAACUUCCCCAGGACGCCAAAAAUCGAGUCAUAAAGGAAAAACGUUAAACCUGACCCAGAUUUGUUCUAAUGCUGCUGUUUCUGGGGGGGGGAUGAUGAUGAUGAUGAUGAUAAAAAUAAAAACUGCCAUAAACAUUUCCAGAUGAAGAAUUUGGGUAAAAAAAACUCUAGAAUUCUUCACUUGUGUGAUCAUUUAGGUGUCCGUGAUUGGAUAAAUGCCUAUAACUAAUGGUGUGUUAUUGAUGUAGAUUUUUGGAGAUCUGAUUUCUAAAUGUGCUUCAGACACUCUGAAAUGCAUCCACUUUUGUUCAAUGUUAAGUAAAACUAAAAGUCACAAGGCUAAGACUUGUGAACUCUCCUCCUGCUGGUGGCAGGUCAGGUCCCCACUGACUGUGAACAGAAGCAGCUCUCUGUGGAGUCAUCAGCGAUGAUGUUACCAGAAGAUGAGUUUUCUGUGCAAGCUGUCCGCCUUCCUCCCACCGUCUGCGCCCUACAAAAACCAAACCGUCAUCUUGAUCCUGUGCACAUGUGGAUGUGUCGUCAAGGCUGACUGUGACUUUGUAAAAGAGUUAUGAGCCUAAAAGUUGUAAAAUGAGGAAAGAAACUAACUUUUUUUUUUUUUUGCUUUGAUAAAGUGAUUUGAUGGUUGAAAUACUACUGUAAAUACCGAUGUAAUUAGAAGCAAAAUAAAUACACCUUUUGAACAAUA